CUGAGUGUAGUAAUCAAGACGAGUUAGAAUACUGAUGACCUACACUGACCGAGUAUUUCAUCAAUACUGUUCCCAACAAAAGUUAAUGGUGCUGUAGAACCUGUCAUAGGUCAACAGAGAAAAUGUCAGGAAACAGCCUGGUUUUACCCAUAGUGCUGUGGGGCCGGAUGGCGCCCACUCACUGCAUCUCCAGCCUGCUGGUCAUGGAUGACCUCACCACCAUCAUCACCGGCUGCCACGAUGGACAGAUCUGCAUCUGGGACAUGACCCCUGACCUCGAGAUCAGUCCCAGGGCCAUGUUGUUCGGUCACACAGCCUCCAUCACCUGCCUGUCUAAAGCCAGCCCCUGCAGUGACAAGCAGUACAUCGUCAGCGCCUCAGAGAGUGGGGAGAUGUGCCUGUGGGAUGUCAACGAUGGACGCUGUAUUGAGUUCACUAAGCUGGCCUGCGCUCACACAGGGAUCCAGUUCUACCAGUUCACCAUCGGUACGCAGCGUGAGGGUCGUCUGCUGUGUAACGGACAUUACCCAGAGAUCCUAGUGGUGGACGCCACCAGCCUGGAGGUCCUCUACUCCCUCGUCUCUAAGAUCUCUCCUGAUUGGAUCAGCUCCAUGAGUAUCAUACACUCACAUCGCACACAAGAAGACACAGUGGUAGCAGUAUCAGUCACUGGGAUACUGAAGGUGUGGAUCAUCACUCAGGAUGUCAGCAGGAUGCAGGAUCUGGAUCCAGUGUUUGAGGAGGAGUCUAAGCCCAUCUACUGUGGGGGCUGUCAGAGCAUCUCUUUCUGCACCUUCACACAGCUCUCUCUGCUGGUGGUCUGCUCCAAGUACUGGAGGGUGUUUGAUGCAGGGGACUAUUCCUUGCUGUGCUCGGUGCCCAGUGAGAACGACCAGUCCUGGACCGGAGGAGACUUCAUCGCCGCUGACAAGAUCAUCAUCUGGACCGAGGACGGAUGCUCCUACAUCUACAAGCUCCCCGCCAGCUGCCUGCCUGCCAGUGAACACUUCCGUACUGAUGUAGGAAAGACUGCCGAAGGCUCCAUCCCACCUCUGGUGUACAGCAUCGCGGACCGCACAGACAAACAGCUGCUCAUCUGUCCCCCGGUGACACGGUUCUUCUACGGCCGUCGGGAGCCCUUCCACAAGCUGCUGGUCCAGGGAGAUUCAGCCGGACGCCUCACCCUCUGGAGCAUCCCAGACACCUCGCCCCUGCAGCCCCUCUCCACCGCCGCAGAGCUCCAGGUGUCCUCCACCAUCUCCCUCCAGGAGGCCUUUGAUAAGCUGGCUCCCCCGUCGGCGGGCAUCAUAGACCAGCUGAGUGUGACGCCCGGGUCGGAGGAGCCCAUCAAGGUGACGGCCAGCGUCUACAUCCCCUCCCAGGGCAGGCUGGUGUGUGGCAGAGAGGACGGAAGCAUUAUCCUGGUGCCCGCCACACAGACCGCCAUCGUACAGCUGCUGCAGGGAGAACACAUGCUGCGUAGAGGCUGGCCCCCUCACCGCACCCUGCGUGGUCACCGUAACAAAGUGACGUGCCUGCUGUACCCUCACCAGGUGUCCCCUCGCUACGACCAGCGCUCCCUGGUCUCCGGCGGCGUGGACUUCAGCGUUAUCGUCUGGGACAUCUUCACGGGAGAGAUGAAGCACGUCUUCUGUGUCCACGGGGGAGAGAUCACACAGAUCCUGGUCCCGCCUGAGAACUGCAGCAAUCGUGUUCAGCACUGUGUGUGCUCUGUGGCCAGUGACCACUCGGUGGGUCUGCUCAGCCUGCGGGAGAGGAAGUGCAUCAUGCUGGCGUCUCGACACCUCUUCCCCAUCCAGGUCAUCAAGUGGCGCCCCUGUGAUGACUACCUGGUGGUGGGCUGCUGUGAUGGAUCAGUGUAUGUGUGGCAGAUGGACACAGGUGCGUUGGACCGUUGUGUGAUGGGCAUCACGGCUGUAGAGAUCCUGAAUGCGUGUGAUGAGGUGGUGCCGGCCGCUGUGGACGCUCUAAGCCACCCUGCGGUCAACCUGAAACAGGCCAUGACACGACGCAGCCUGGCCGCGCUCAAGAACAUGGCUACGCACAAACUACAGACCCUGGCUACCAACCUACUGGCUGCAGACAACGCAGACAAGGGUAACCUGCAGAAGUACUCCAACAACAGUCUGGUGGUGCAGGCCAUGAAGACCAAUCUGACAGACCCUGACAUGCAUGUCCUGUUCUUCGACGUGGAGUCGGUGAUCAUCCAGCUGCUGACGGAGGAGGCCCAGCGGCCCAACCCCACCCUGGUCUCCCCUGAGACCCUCCAGAAGGCCCAGGGAGCAGCCGACAAGGGAGGGUCCUUCCUCGCCAACAAGAUCUUCAAACAGGUGAAGGAGACAAUGAAGGAGACCAUUAAGGAGCACCUCCUGGAUGAAGACGAGGAGGAAGAGGAGGAGAUGAGGAGACGUGAGGAGAAGUCUAAGUCUCUGUCUCUGUUGGAGUAUAACCUGACUAUGGACACGGCUAAACUGUUCAUGUCCUGUCUCCACGCCUGGGGUCUCAACGGACCACUGGACGAGGUGUGUCUGAGCAGACUGGGCAUGCUCAAACCCCACUGCCCCAUCUCCUUCGGUCUCAUAUCCCGUGGAGGACAUAUGUCUCUCAUGCUGCCCACCUUCAAGGAGUCCCUGCUGCGUCAGAUGGCCCUGUCCACGGGCAGGAAGUUGUCCCUGUCAGAGAUGGUGGGUAAAGGGACAUACGGAGUGUCCCGGGCCGUGACUACCCAGCACCUGCUCUCUGUCAUCUCAUUGGCUAACACCCUGAUGGGCAUGACCAAUGCCACCUUCGUGGGAGAACACAUGAAGAAGACACCCGUCAGGCCUCCAAGACCCGGGACCCCUGAGACCCCCAAAAAGACUGCAGUACCCCCUCAGGUGUCUAGUCCGGCCGUGCAGGGACAGAUCAAACAAGGUUGGAGCCAGCUGGCUGCUAUGCACUGUGUGAUGCUGCCUGACCUGCUGGGCCUGGACAAGUUCAGACCACCUCUACUGGAGAUGUUGGCACGCCGCUGGCAGGACCGCUGUCUGGAGGUGAGAGAGGCGGCGCAGGCCCUGCUUCUGGCUGAGCUGCGAAGGAUUGGUCAGUCAGGCAGGAAGGACACCAUCGACCUGUGGGCCCCAUACCUGCCCCAGUACGUGGAUCAAGUCAGCUCACCGGGAACCUCCGCUGACCCCGCCGUGCCGCCCCCACCCAUUCCUGAAACCCUUCCUGUGGAAACACAGCUCCCCGAGGAGAUGGAAGUCACGGACGAUGACAUCAUAGCAGGCUGUCUGUCCAACCUGCCUCCCAACACCAAGAAGAUCUGUAACUCGUACGAGGAGCGUCGUAAACAGGCCACCGCCAUCGUCCUGCUGGGAGUCAUCGGGGCAGAAUUCGGGGCGGAGCUGGAACCCCCUAAGCUGCCGUCUCGUGCCAGGACCAGUGGACAGGCUCCAGAAGGUUUCGGACUGACUACUGGAGGAUCCAACUACUCUCUGGCCAGACACACCUGUGAGUGGAUACGUCACCGUGCCCUCUUUCAAUUCAAUUCAAUUCAAUUCAAGGGGCUUUAUUGGCAUGUAACAGUGGAGCAUCCAGGCAGCCCUCCGGUAACGGAGGAGUCUCCAGGCAGCCCUCCGGUAACGGAGGAGCCUCCAGGCAGCCCUCCGGUAACGGAGGAGCCUCCAGGCAGCCCUCCGGUAACGGAGGAGCCUCCAGGCAGCCCUCCGGUAACGGAGGAGCCUCCAGGCAGCCCUCCGGUAACGGAGGAGGCUCCAGGCAGCCCUCCGGUAACGGAGGAGUCUCCAGGUGUACAGCGUGGUUGUUUGAGGGGCCCCCCAGGCCCUCUCUAUGCCUGGCUUGGUCUGUGUCUUUGUGCUGCCUGA